AUGAAGAGAAACCUAAAUGAAAAUUCAACUCGAAGUACAGCAGGCUGUUUGCAGGUACCAUUGUUCAAUCAGAAAAAGAGAAACAGACAACCAUUAACUUCUAAUCCGCUGAAAAAUGAUCCAGGUAUUGGUAUUGCUUCUGAAAGUUAUGAUUGCCCUCCUGUACCAACAGAUUGGGCCUGGGAAGCUGUGACUCCAGAAUUAGCUCAUUUAAAGGACACAAUGAACCCAGGGCCAACAUCACCUUCAGUUUCUUGUCCUCUGAGAAGUGAAGAUUCAAUGUCUAAAUAUGUUCAGUCAUAUACUGAAAGAAACACAAGUGAUUGGAGCUACAGAGAUGAUGACAAAAAUACCAGCUUGCAUACUUGGGAUGCAAAUUAUUUUAGACCUCAAUUUAAAAAAAAUGUGAUGGCAAAGGAUACAUUCAGUUCUUGUCCAGUGAGUUUGGGAACUCAACCACAAAAGCAAUUAAGAAUAUCUGAACCUUCUAAUUUAUCUGGUCACAAAGAAACUGAGAUCCUCAGACAAACAAGCUUCUCAAAAAUGUCUGGUACCACAAAAAAAGGCUUGGAUAAGAACAGCAGAUUGCAGGCAUUUAAGCCUAAUUUUCAACAAAAUCAAUUUAAGAAAAAAACCUUGGAUGAUAUUUCAGAAGAAAACACUCUGAAGAAAACUCCUUUGCAUCAGUUACAGUAUGAGGCUAAAAACAGUUCUUUAAGAAUUAUUUCUGCAGUUAUUGAAAGCAUGAAAUACUGGCGCAAACAUACACAGAAAUCUGUACUACUUUUUGAAUUAUUAGCUGUCCUUGAUUCAGCUGUUACAUCUGGUCCAUACUAUUCGAAGACCUUUCUUAUGAGAGAUGGAAAAAAUACACUGCCUUGUGUGUUUUAUGAAAUUGAUUGUGAGCUUCCAAGACUGAUUAGAGGCCGAGUUCACAGAUGUGUUGGAAACUAUGAGCCAGAAAAGAACAUUUUCAAAUGUGUUUCUGUCAGACCAGCAUCUGUUUGUGAGCAAAAAACAUUCCAAGCAUUUGUUAAAAUUGUAGAUGCUGAGAUGAAGUAUUAUACAAAAGCAAUGAAUGAAAUUUAA